AUGCAGUGGAGCUACUUGGCCAAACACCCAGAUGAAGCGAAGCCCCCUUUGCCCUAUCACAGCGGCGCAACUAUCCCGGCUCUGAGAUGGGAUCCCCCACCCAAUGAUCCUAUUUUCCACAACGGUGGUCUAGCUAAAGGCCAGCUUCAAGAGGAGCUGCAGAAUGAGCACCCUUUAGCAACCUGCCUCAGGUACACCGAGGCAACGGACGCACCGACCGAAGGCGAACGUGUCGAACUCCAGGUUGUUGAUGCGAUCAGGGUCAUGGACGGGCGACACUCGCAGAUCGCGAAGGUGAAGGUACUUGACAACCGAUCUGUCCAUGAGAACUCCCAGUCUCCGCUCAAGCUGCUGCGCGGCCAAACCAUGACUGCGAAGUUCUACGAUCCACUGUACCAAGACAUCGAGGACGAGAUGCCCGACAUCUUCGGCAAUACUUACAACGCUUGCUACCGCGAGACAUGCGUAUAUCGGCAACUGAAGCCGCUGUGGGGCACCGUCAUUCCGCGCUUUCACGGGUCGUUUAGAGCCAAGGUGCCUGUGCCAGGGCGGCCAGGGCGUUCGCGCUGGGUCUAUGCCAUUCUCUACGAAUACGUGCCCGGUACUGAAUUGUCUUACAUCGACGUCAACGAGUGGAGCCAGGCUGAGCGCAUGGCUAUUAUGAAGGCGAUCAUCGACGCGGACAGCAAGAUGUGGCAGGCCGGCAUAUACCAGAGGGACCUCCUGCCGCGCAACGUGAUCCUCCAAGGAAGGCCGGGGCGCCCGGUCUCUGUCAAGGUGAUUGAUUUUGACUACGCAUUCUUCGAAUCCGACUUCAACCCGGAUGAGGAUGAGCUUGAGCCCGAGCCGCCGUCCGUCAUCGUGGAUCGGUGGACAGACGAGCUCCGUUGCCCUGUGGAAUGUUUCCGCGAUCUGGUCGAUUGGCCAUGGGAUGAAUGGAUUCGGGCCGUAUACCUGCGUUAG